GUGAAUAGGACGGACACACAUUCGCUUUUUUGUCCAGGAGCUGUAGACGAAUAAAAUUGUUAGGUGGAAGAAAAUGGCUACCGUUCAGGGACAAGAUAUUAUUUCAUGCUAUCUGUGUCCUAAUUCUGUGGAACACCACUGCAAACCUUGUCACAUCGAUAUUUGCAACAAAUGUGUAUCAUCACACCUGGCCGAUAAAUCAAGGGAACAUGAAGUUGUAGACUUUAAAUCACGGAAAAAAGACAAACUUGUUCUUCCUGUCUGUAAGUUACAUGACGAGAAUCAAUGUCCGACAUUCUGUAAAACCUGUUCAAUACCAAUUUGCCACGAUUGCUUAAUAGGAUCUCACAAAGAGCAUGAAUUUAUGGGGAUCAAAAAUAUAGUUGAUGAACACAAAUUCAAAAUAAAAGCUGAUACCGAAGAACUUCAAAAUACCAUUGUUCCGAAACUUAGUAAAGUCGAAUCUUUUACAACUGCGGCUGACUUCGAUAAAAUUCUAAAAGAAAUAAACGACCAAGAAGAUAAAAUGUGUCAAACUGUACAUAACGAAGCUACCUUUUUCAGAGACGCCGUGACAAAGCAGAAAAAUCAAGCUGAAACAGAAAACAGAGAAAACAGGAAAUUAGUAGCAAAAACAAAAGAAGAACUCAAUACAAUUAUUAAGAUGAAUGAGGACAUCCUCAGAUCAAAUGAUGCAAUGACUGUUCUAAAAUACACAUCAUUCAAUAAGAACCUAAAAAAGGGCCCAAUGAUAUUCAAAUAUCAAUGUCCAGACUUUUCCUCACAUCCAAUUGACCCAAAGCAAAUUCGGAAAAUGUUUGGCUCACUUUAUUCUACCAACCCUUCUGGCAGGCAGUUUACAUUUUCAAAGAUGAUGGAAGUUCCUACAGUACUGAAAACUCUUCAGAGUCCUUAUGGAAAGACUGGUCAAAAGUUGUGGCAGGUGCAUUGUAUGGGGAAUAAAAAUAUCUUAACAAGUGGUCGUGGAAAAUCAAUAAAUUUAGUAAACAAGAGAGCAUUUGUCUUACAAAAAAUAAAAACUAACAGUGAUGUCGUAGUAUUGUCGACUAACUUAGAACAUGAACCAGUAUUUACAGGAAACCCUUUGGACGAUACAAAAGUUUACAUUUAUAGGAAUGGCAAAGUUGACAUACUCAUGGAUUUAGUUGAUUGGAGCCCUAGAGGUCUCUGCCAUACUGGAGCGAAGGAUCUGCUGGUAAGUAUGCGCUCAAAGGAUAGGAGUCAAUCUAGAGUGGUGUUAUAUACAGAUAACAUACAGAAGCAAGUGAUACAAUAUGAGAAAAAGGAAAUGCCUUUGUUUUCUACGGGGUACCGGUCUCGCGGUUUACUUCGUCUGACUGAAAAUCGCAAUGGAGAUGUUUGUAUCGCUGACUUUCAUGCAAAUGCCGUUGUAGUGGUGGAUGCGUCUGGAAAAUUUAGAUUCAGGUAUCUUGGUAAUCUUGGUAAACUUGCUCCGUCAUCCCAGUACAAGGAGUUUCAACCAUCAGUGAUUGCUGCUAAUAUAAAUCACCAAAUCUUAGUGGGUGAUUUUGCGAAUGAUAUAAUUCACAUCAUAGAUCUUGAUGGAAACUUCGUUCGUUUCAUCAAACACCCAUGUUCUGCAGGACUUAGUAUUGACUCUGAAGAAAAUCUCGUUAUUGGUGAAUAUUAUACCGGAAAAAUUCGAUUCGUAAAAUACCUAUUGUAAAGCUCAAAAUGAAAGAUUCCGUCUAAAACUUUACAGGAAAUAGUUGAAAGUUAUAGAAAGACAAAUGUAAAGUUCCUUUGUGAAAUGUAGAGAACAUUUGAAAGGAUUGCUUGUUACUUCCUUGUUGUGAAGUAUACACUGACUAUGAUAAACAAUAUUUCAAUUACGAAAUAGAUAAGAAGCAAAAAAACUUUCAAUAGGAAUUGAAGUAUCGUCUGUCUCGUGAUCAAAUCCCGUGAAGGCCCAAGGUCUGCUCGGAUUUGACUGAGUACCGACCCACUUCAAUUCCUAUUGAAGAUUUUUUUAAACAAAACUAUUGUCCCCCGCUUUCGGGAAAGCGAGGGGACAUUAAAUCUCAUUCGUCUGUCCGUCUGUCCGUCUCUCCGUCUGUCUGUCUGUCUGUCUGUCUGUCUGUCAGUCUGUCCGUCCGUCACAAAAACUUUAACCUUGCCCAUAACUUUUGAUUUAGUGGAGCUAUGACUUUCAUAUUUCACAUGUGUAUUCCAUGUGACAAGACCUUUCUUUGAGUACCACUAAAUUUGACCUUUUGACCUUGACCUUGGAGUUUGACCCACUUUUACACAAAAAUUCCAAACUUUUACUUUGGUCAUAACUUUUGAAUGGGAGGAACUAGGACUUUUAUAUUUCAUAUAUGUAUUGUUUGUAGCAAGACCUUUUAUUGGAUACCAACAACUUUGACCUUUUGACCUUGACCUUGGAGAGUUAUGUACUUAUGAAAAAAACUUUAACUUUGACCAAAACUUUUGA